UUUUUUUACAAGAGUGCAGAAGAGAGAGAAAAACUAGUAAGAGCUGAAAGAAAAUUCAUUGAGGACAGAGUUAAAAAAAUAAUAGAACUGAAAAAGAAAGUCUGUGGUGACUCAGAUAAAGGAUUUGUUGUUAUUAAUCAGAAGGGAAUUGACCCAUUUUCCUUAGAUGCUCUUGCAAAAGAAGGCAUAGUAGCUCUGCGCAGAGCUAAAAGGAGGAAUAUGGAGAGGCUGACUCUUGCCUGUGGUGGGGUAGCCCUAAAUUCUUUUGAUGACCUAAAUCCUGACUGUUUGGGAUAUGCAGGACUUGUCUAUGAGUAUACAUUGGGAGAAGAAAAGUUCACCUUUAUUGAGAAAUGUAACAAUCCCCGUUCUGUCACAUUAUUGGUCAAAGGACCAAAUAAGCAUACACUUAUUCAAAUCAAAGAUGCAAUAAGAGAUGGCCUGAGGGCUGUCAAAAAUGCUAUUGAUGAUGGCUGUGUGGUUCCAGGUGCUGGUGCAGUAGAAGUGGCAAUGGCAGAAGCCCUGAUCAAAUAUAAGCCCAGUGUAAAGGGCAGGGCCCAGCUUGGAGUCCAAGCAUUUGCUGAUGCAUUGCUCAUUAUUCCCAAGGUUCUUGCUCAGAACUCAGGUUUUGACCUUCAGGAAACACUAGUUAAAGUUCAAGCAGAACAUUCAGAAUCAGGUCAACUUGUAGGUGUGGACUUGAACACAGGUGAGCCAAUGGUAGCAGCAGAAGUGGGUGUAUGGGAUAACUACUGUGUGAAGAAACAGCUUCUUCACUCCUGCACUGUGAUUGCCACCAACAUUCUGCUGGUUGAUGAAAUCAUGAGGGCUGGAAUGUCAUCUCUGAAAGGCUGAAUUGAAGCCUCCCAUGCAUCUGAACUUGAAUACAGGAUGAUCCUGAGGAAUGCAGAUGUGGAAUUUGUGUCCAAGCUUCAAAUAAUUUUUGUGUGUAUAUGUGUGGGACUGUGGUUUGAACUUCAUGCUUGCAAAGAAUGGCUCUGCUGUUGGAGCCAUACCCCCAGCACAAAGAAUUUUCAAAGGAAUUUUGUUUUCCCAUAUGAAAAAAAAAUUUGGUACUGUUCAAAUUACACCAUUGUGAAAUUACAGUAUUGUUAAAUCGCACUAAAAGUAUACCCUCAUAAAGCAGGCCCUUUUUAUCCAGCAAACAGGAUGUUUUUAUUAUUUUCAAGCCUAUCAACCUUAUGGUCCAAGAAAAUAUGUCCCACUGAUCUUUUACCCAAAUUACUGUUCUUUCCCGGUAAAGUUUUGUAUUUCCAGGGCUUAGCAGUGCAAUAAACCAAGUCUAAG